UUUUCCCGCGCUUUCAGGGACGCGGGGGAUGCCGUUGUGUGUGUGAGGCGGUCAGAGGGGGAGCCUAUGGACGGGGCGGACUUUAAUAUCCUGAAGUGUUUUUAAAUUUAACUUUUCUCUUUCAGUCAAGGCGACAUUUAAUUAUCAUUUACACCGUGUAAAGACAAAGUGACAAAUAGCCGGAGUUUCUCAGGAUGCCUCCCAAAAAGCGUAGCAGCGGCUCCGGGACCCCAACAAGCAGAGAGUCGAAAUGCAGCAACAGGAAAGAAAACUCGGUGCUUUCUCCGGAAAAGCACAAAGAUAAGGAUCCAGAGUUUGUAACCCUUUGUAAGGACCUCUCUGUCUCCAACUCGCUGUGUAGUCAGGCAUGGGCAAUGUGGGAGUCGAUUACCAAGACCCCAGACGAAGUCAUUGAAUCAAACAAGCAACUCUGGGGAGCAUGCGUGUACGUUUCAGCUGUGGACUUGGAUGAAGUCCGGUUCACCUUUACAGAAUUUCAGAAGGCUGUCGGUUUGAGUGUGAAGCAAUUUCUCACCCUGAUGCGAAAGCUGGAUGAAAAUCUGGACACAAUAAGCCAUAAAGUAAAUUCAGCAGUGACGAGGCUGGCAAAGAAAUACGAGGUGUCCAUGGCUCUCUAUCAGAGAUUUGUGAAAACAUGUGCAAAAAUCUACGGUGUGCCUGAUGAAGUUAAGAGACAAGAACUUUUACGCUGUAACUGGAUCCUAUUCCUCUUGGCUAAAGGAAGUGUUCUGCAGAUGGAGGAUGACCUGGUAAUAGCCUUCCAGUUACUUUUGUGUGUUCUGGAGUUCUACAUCAAGCGAUGUCCCUCUUCUCUCCUCCAGCCCCUUUACAAGUCGGCAAUCAGCGAGACAACACAGAGUCCUCCGACUCGGACCUCGAGGCGGAACAAAGCCAAGCCUCGUCCUUUAGAGAUGGACGUGCAGCUGCUGGAGACACUGUGUAAGGAGAGCGACUGCAGCGUAGACGAGGUGAAAAAUGUCUACCAAAGCAGUUUUUGUGCCUUUCUGGACUCCAUGGGCUUUUCGGGAUUGCAGGAGCUUCCAGCAGUGGAAACUCUAUCCAAAGGUUAUGAAGAGCUCUACCAUAAAAGCAAGGACUUUGACGCACGAUUGUUCUUAGACAACGAUGAGACCCUCAGCCCAGUUAAAGCAGAAGUUACAAAAGUAGAAAUGACUCCUAGAAAGAAUCCGCCUGGAGAGGAAAAUGUCUCUAUUCCACCACAGACCCCUAUCAGAGCUGCAAUGUAUUCUAUCCAGCAGCUAAGGGGUGAGCUUACCUCAAUCAGUGACCAACCUUCAGGCAUUCUCAUAAAUUACUUCAAGAACUGCACUGUGAAUCCAUCAGAAGACAUCACAAAGCGGGUCGAUCAGCUCGGUCAGGUCUUUAGCCAGAAAUUUGCUCAAGCUGUUGGACACUGCUGUGAAGGAUUGGGCAAAAAGCGAUUUACUCUAGGUGUCCAGCUUUACUACAAAGUCAUGGAGUCGAUGCUUAAGUCUGAAGAGAAGAGGCUCUCUGUGCAAAAUUUCAGUAAACUCCUGAACAACGCUACUUUCCACACCUCACUCCUUGCCUGUUCACUGGAAGUCGUCCUAGCAACUUAUGUUGGAUGUUCCCUGAAGAACGGUGGCAGCAAAUCUCCCGAAACGAACCUGUGCUUCCCCUGGAUCUUGGAUGUCUUCCAGCUGCAUGCCUUUGACUUUUACAAAGUGAUAGAAAGUUUCAUCAAAGAGCUCACUCUGAAGCACGACAUGCUCGAACACUUGAGCCGCUGCGAGAAUCAGAUCAUGGAGAGCAUUGCAUGGAAAUCAGAUUCUCUCCUGUUCGAACUCCUGAGGCAGUCUCGUGAGGAUGGUCCCGGAGAGCAAGCGGAGCCUCCUGCGACACUAAACCAGCCCCUACAGCACGAUCACACAGCAGCUGAUCUAUAUCUAUCUCCUCAGCGUCAGAGUCGCCGAGUCGCAGCAGCAGAGGCGGAGGUACCUGUCAUAGCCCCGUCACAGCCCCCUGCCUCAGGCAACAGACAGCAUCGCUCCAACUCCCUCAGCCUCUUCUAUAAGAAAUUGUAUAGAAUGGCCUACCUGCGACUGAAAACGCUUUUCUCUGAGCUUCUAACUGCUCACCCCGAGCUGGAGGCCAUCAUAUGGACUCUACUCCAACACACACUCCAGAACGAGUAUGAGCUAAUGAAGGACCGACACCUUGACCAGCUGAUGAUGUCUGCCAUGUAUGCCAUAUGCAAGGUGAAAAAUGUGGAUUUGCGCUUCAAGACAAUCGUCACUGCGUACAAAGCGCUUUCCAACACAAACCAGGAGACGUUCAAGCGCGUGCUGAUCAGAGACGGCCAAUACGAUUCCAUCAUCGUCUUCUACAACCAGGUGUUUAUGCAGAAGUUGAAGACAAACAUCCUGCAGUACGCUUCUACUCGGCCUCCUCCCCUGUCUCCUAUUCCACAUAUUCCCCGGAGCCCGUACAUGUAUCCCAGCUCCCCCCUCAGAGUGCCUGGUGGGAAUGUCUACAUCUCCCCUUUAAAGAGCAAUCGUCUGACCACAGCAGCCAUGACGCCCCGGACCAAGUUCCUUGUAUCCAUUGGAGAGUCGUUUGGGUCCUCAGACAAGUUCCAGAAGAUCAAUCAGAUGGUCAAUAGCACAGACAGGGCCCUGAAGAGGAGUCUAGCCGGAGACCCCAACCUCAAGCCCCACAAGCGCUUACGCUUUGAUGUGGAUGGACAGGAUGAAGCUGAUGGAAGUAAAUCAACUGGCGAGUCUACACUGGACAAGAAGCUGGCUGAGAUGCGUUCAGUUCGCAACCGCAUGCAGGAACAGAAAAUGAAGGAGGAGGCUGAGAAGGAAGACCCAGAGCCCUGAUGUGUACAAGCCUCAUCAAACUCAUCAUCACCACUCAUCAUCAUCAUGUACGCUUACAUAGGCUGUUACUGUUCAUUUGCAGUUUUACUAAUUAGCCCUUUUUAUGUAUCCAAAUAUACAUUUAGCAAGAAUAUCACAGACGAUUUGGAGGCAUGAAAUCAGGGGAUAAAUUUAGAAUUUUAAGUAGUGAUGUUUUGGCCCGAAGCCCAAUUUCAGGACAUAUGGUUUAAGCUUCUGAGAGUGUUGUAGAACACCAUUUUUAUGCUUGUAAAGCAUUCAUGUUUAAUGAACUGAAUAAUCCUACUGGUAAGUCAGUGCUUUCAGAAUGUUGUAAUGUAAAGAGCUUCAUUUUAUAGAAACUUAAGUCUAUAUAAAAAUUGGUCAUUUUCAGCUUCUUUUUUUGGGGGGGGGGGGGGGGAUUUUUGGUAUUGACAAGAAUAAAUUAAUUUUAUUAUUUUUAGAAUAAUAAAUUUAAUCUGCAACUUUACAUUUCUGCAACAUGUAAAUGUUGAAACAUGACCUACAUGUUGUAAUGACCAGAGUCAUGUGCUCACUGGGCACACAAUCACUUUGUGCUGGAAGAACAAGGCAGAAAACAACGUGGACUUGUACACAUGAUUAAAUAGAGGGGCACAGCAAAAUUAAAAGUCUUGGCCAAAAACCAAAAUUCGGUAUACGAGAUUCAGGUAACAUUUUUUAAUCAGCUUCUGCUUCUUUUCAAAGAUUUUAAUUUAUUUGUCUUUUUUUUUUUUAAACAAUACAUACUUGAGUGGGGAAAAAUAACGUAUUGAAAUGUCAGACCUUUGAUUAAGAUGUCACUCCACAGAAAGAGCUGACAAAUAAAACUAAGAACGCUUCGGUUUAAGGUGCCUCGAUGGAACUAAUGGAUAUUCAGUUAAAAACAAAAAGUAUAUUUUUUUCCUGAAAGGUUAUUUGUGUGGUAGGGUUAUCAGAUACACUCUUGGUUUUAUGAAAUGUGUGUACAUUUACAUACUCUGUAUUUGUCUUUUUAAUAUAUUGCAUUUUAAUUUGCUCCCUGAACAGAGCUUGUAAUGUGGGUGUUUUUUUCCCCAAUUGAAUUGCUAGCUGUUAGAAUGUUUUGGACUUUUUGUAAUAAGUACAUUUUGUCAAAAGAUUUGUUAAUAACUGACUUGAGAUUGUUUUAUUAAAAUGUAUGACUGUCUUACACUAUCGUCUUUUUUAGGAAAAUAAAAUGUACUCGGACAGCAUUGUGUUGAGUUACGCUGUUUAAUCAAGCAAAAUUUUCCCUUCGCCCCAAAACAGGAAUCUGGUGAAAAUGGAGAAGCAGAAGUACUUUAUACAGUGAGCUUUUUGUGUAACUUGUAAUUGCAAACUUAUAUUUUAAUUAUAAACAUUUAGUUCCUCUUGGACAGCUGAUGAUGGUUUUGUGAUUUUAUCGAUCAGCACAGCACAUUUUUCUGUUAUUUCUAAUGCUUCUGAAUAAAAUUGAAAUCUGGA